GUUUAUAACAUAGUUGCAACAAGGGGGACAACUCCAGUUUGGUACCAUCAUGAAGACAGGGGAGGUAAAGUAAUGGAGGCGUUCACAAAGUUUACUGUGAAUUCCCAUAAAGGGAGAGGAAUCAGUGAAUACUUCUACAGAAACUCACAUGGACCCCCACUAGCUAGUACCCAGCCUUUUUAUAAAAUGGUUGAAGAGCCAUCUACAUGCUUUGUUAAAGAGAAUGAAAGGAGGAUUACUCUGCCAUUUACACACCCAGCAUGUAGCUCUUCAGCUUUAGUUGGUGGAAAAGGUGCUCAGUUAGCUCAGCUUACAGCACUGCAAGAAGAUGUAAAAGCAAGUGUUACUCCUGGAUUCUGUUUAACACUGAGGUCCUUUGAGGUACAGCUACAGAAUCAGCCUAUAAUGUCGAAGGCUGUUAAAACUGUUGCUGAAAAAUAUUAUCUACAAGGUGCAGAUUUGGUGUCCAUAUGUGAUGAUGCUGUACAAGCCAUAACCUCAACAGAGAUCUGUGAUGUGGUCAAACAAAGUAUCACAGAGUCACUGCGAGUCUGUUUUGGUGCGGGUUACCAGAGUGUUCAUUUGGCGGUCAGGUCCUCUGUUGCAGGUGAAGAUGGAGAUGAAGCAUCUUCUGCUGGUCAAAUGGACACAGUUCUAGGAGUUGUUGGGCUACCUCAGAUUCUGCAAGCAGUAAAAAAAUGUUGGGCCUCAGCUUUCACCCACCAGGCUGUUGAGUACCGCAGACAACAUGGUCAGCCAGUCAAUGUCCUCAUAGGUGUGGUCAUUCAGGAGAUGGUACCUGCAGAGUCAGCAGGUGUGAUGUUUACAGCUGACCCCCUGACCGGCAGCAACAGUCAUGUCGUCAUCAACGCCAACUUUGGCCUGGGCGAGUCUGUGGUGUCAGGGAUUUCUAACCCUGACACCAUCACAGUGGAGCGACACCCUGAGUUUAUACAUGACACCAGUAAAUUGGUGAUUGGUUCUGUGGUGGCUGGUGACAAGAAGAUCAAAAUUGUGGAGACAGGAGAUGGAGGUAUCAAAGAGGAAGCUCUUUCGGAGGGGUCAAAGGUCGUUUCUCUCAAUGAUGAACUCAUUUUAAACCUAGCAACACUUGGAGUUGAGCUAGAAAAAUACUAUGGCUGUCCCAGGGAUAUAGAGUGGGCUGUUGUUGGUGAGGAGAUUUACCUGUUACAGUGUCGUCCUAUAACAGUGUCAGAGGUUGAGACAGAGGAGGAGCUAAUCCAUGAGUUUGACAGCCCAGCUACUUGUGAUUACCAGUGGUGGACCACAGCUAAUAUCAGUGAAAUGUUGCCAGGGGCAGUAACUCCCCUUACUCUGAGCACCUUUCAGACAUCGAUUGAGUACAGCCUGCAGGUUUUGAACAUGCACUUGGGUGGAAGAAGAAAGACAGUUCGUCUCCCUAAAUCUAUUCCAUCUUACUGCAACCACCUUUUCAUCUGCCUUACCGAUAUCAGUACAAUAUUUUUGACUGCUGCUCUUGUAAGCAAAGACUCCAUGGCAAUAAACCUUUUGGGUGAGCUUCUACCACAGCUGGAGGAUGAGGAUAUAAAAAACUAUUUUGGACGCAAACCUUUAGGUUUUUUCAGAAAAACUUUAAAUUUUCUCCAGUUAAUUAGAGUGUCUUUGAAAUCAACUGCCGUAACUGCGCAGUGGGAGAAGAGACUAGAAACAGAUGUUGUGAAAGAUGAAGGUGCUGACGCAACUGGGCUGUACAAGUGUAUUGACAAGAAGCUGGCGGACUACGAGUCUGUCUGGUCGUGGACUGUCAUCAACAGUGGCAGAUCUGGCAAUAUGGCUCAUGCUUUGAUGUCAGUUGUUGGCGGAGAGGCAGCAGAAUGGACGUCUGAUCACUAUGGAGAUAUAGCGUUGUUGUUGUCUAGUUGUGAGGAUGUGUACAGUGCUGAGGUCCCUCACUCUAUGGCGUUGAUUGCAAAAGAAAUAGACAAAAAGGGAGACAAGUUUGUGCAGUUGUUUAUGGAGACCCCUGACAAAGAGUGUUUGAGAAUGUUGAACCGUCACCCAGAAGUUUGGAUACCCAUUGACAAAUUUCUAAAGAGACAUGGGCAUAGAUGCCUAAGGGAGUCGGAGUUAAGAGAAAAAUCAUGGCAAACAGCUCCUGAGAAAUUUGUUUCAGUUCUCAAGAUAAUGUUGAAAACAAAAUCUUUUGAGAAGACUGAGAAAUCUAAUGUCUCUAUACCUGAACUGAUAAGUAAAAUGAAGACAAAAAUACCAGCCCACAAAAGGUGGAUCCUGAAAAAGCUUCUGCCUCAAGCAUGGAAAGCUGUUGGCUGCAGAGAAUGGGGAAAGUCAAUCUCUGUGAAAAUGAGUGACAACAUAAAGACAUAUUACUGUAUGUUGGCUGCCCGUAUGUUUCAGGAAGGGAGAAUACCUGAUCCUGACUUAAUGUUUUUUUUAACACAUCAAGAGAUAGGAACUCUUUUGUCAACACGCUCUGCUCGCCUUGUGAUCAAAGCUCAAAAACGAAGAAAAGUUUUACCAAAACAAGCUGAGAAAAAAUUUACAAAAAUCAGCAAAGAUCAUCCUGUUGAGAUUAAUGUAAGCUCCAGUCAAACUGAAUCUUCCAAUGUUGAAUGUUUGAAAGGGAUGCCAGUAAGUCAAGGUCAAGUGACUGGACCAGCCCAGGUUGUACAUAGUUUGGCUCAGGCUUCUGUCAUAAAGGCGGGUGAUAUCCUGGUUGUUACCAGCACUGAUGUGGGCUGGUCUCCAUACUUUCCUCUGAUUGGUGGACUGGUGACAGAACUGGGUGGUCUUGUGUCACAUGGUGCUGUUGUGGCUAGAGAGUAUGGAAUCCCAUGUGUGGUGAAUGUGGCAAAUGCUACAACUAACAUCAGAUCAGGUGAAACUCUACAAGUGGAUGGACGUCUAGGGACAGUCAAACGCCUGGCUGUCAAAUAAAAGUUCCGAAGUGGUUCUAAUUGAUGACCUGUGAUAUUCACACCAGCAUUAAUUUAUUUUUAUACCUCUUUUUUCUGUUAAAGGGAUCUCCAUUUGAUUGAAAGUUCUCCUACUGCACUUUAAAUAUUACUUAAUUUAACUCAUUUUUUUACCUUUUGUAAUUUUUUGUAUUGAUAACAGAUUUCAAACCCUUUUCUCAUUAUUGUGAAUUUUGAUGUUUGGAUUUUUCAGUAAUCCUAAGCAAUGAUAUAAUUUUAUCUACUCAGAAUGAAAUACAGGCUUCUGUACUUACUGUUGUUUUUUAUGUAACUUACUUUAUAAAGCUAGUUCUGAUAAAACAUAUUAUUAUUGUCAUCUGCUAGCUUUAAUGUGUCAUUUACAUUCUAUUCAGUUGUUCUGAGAUUUAAGAAGCAUGACAAAUUUUUUUAGCUAUUUACUUUUUUUUACAUUUUAAUCAAAUCAUGAAC